AUGUUCUUUUCCCACCUGCGAAACUUGACCUAUCCUCACCACCUCAUCGACCUUGCCUUUCUCGUGUCUGACUCCAAGGACCGCACUCUCCAGGUCCUCUCCAACAUGCUUGAAGAAGUCCAAGCUGAUGAAGAUGCGAAGCAGCCAUACGGAGAAAUCUCCAUCAUUGAGAAAGACUUUGGACAAAAGGUGAACCAAGACGUCGAGAGCCGCCAUGGGUUUGCUGCUCAGGCAAGCAGAAGAAAAUUGAUGGCGCAAGCCCGGAACUGGCUUCUGAGUGCUGCAUUGCGGCCCUACCACUCCUGGGUAUACUGGCGUGAUGUCGAUGUUGAGACGGCCCCUUUCACCAUUCUCGAAGAUCUCAUGCGUCACAACAAGGACGUCAUUGUGCCAAAUGUAUGGCGUCCUUUGCCUGAUUGGCUUGGCGGAGAGCAGCCCUACGACCUUAACUCGUGGCAAGAGUCAGAAACAGCGUUGGCUCUUGCGGAUACCCUCGACGAAGACGCCGUAAUUGUCGAAGGCUACGCUGAAUACGCGACAUGGCGACCUCAUCUGGCAUAUCUGCGAGACCCAUACGGUGACCCAGAUAUGGAGAUGGAAAUUGAUGGAGUGGGUGGUGUCAGUAUCUUGGCUAAGGCCAAGGUUUUCCGUUCCGGAGUCCAUUUCCCAGCCUUCAGUUUUGAGAAGCAUGCCGAGACGGAAGGAUUUGGAAAGAUGGCGAAACGGAUGCAGUAUUCUGUGGUUGGUUUACCGCACUACACGAUCUGGCACCUUUACGAACCAAGUGUUGACGACAUCAAGCAUAUGGAGGAGAUGGAGCAGGAGAGGCUCGCAAGAGAAAAAGAAGAACAAGAGAAGGCUGAGAAGGCCAAGAAGGUUAAAGAGCAGUUCGGAGAUGCAAGCAGUCAAUGGGAGAAAGACAAGUCGGACAUGCAAAAUAUGGUGACAGAAGAAAAGAAUGAGGCCAAGGGGGUAAAGGAGAUUGGAGACAAGAAGCAGGCGGCAAACAAUGACGAAAAGCCAGCAAAGAAGGAAAGAAAGGAGAAGAACGACGCUGCUUUCGUAAAGAAGGCAGAGAGCUGA